AUGACAACUGGAUCCAGGACAAGUGACUUUAAGUUUGUCUCGUCCUACAAUGACAACACGCUGCCUGCAGAGCAGACGCUGAGGAAAAGCCCCACUGACUUUUCUGACGUCUUUGGGGACUCUGACCACUCUCCUGAGUACAACGGAGAGAUCCGCACCAUGAGGAUGUUCAGCUACAGAGACCCCCGGCACCAGCAGCUGGUGGUGGUUGCCAAGGACAACGGGCAGCCCUCGCUGUCGGCCACAGUGACCAUCAAACUGUCCACGGUGGAGACGGCGGUGAAGGCCUACUCUGACAUGACCGAGGUGCCUCUGGAGUACGACAUCUUCUCUGACCUGAACCUGUAUCUGGUCAUUGGAAACAGCGUGCUCAGUGAGAGGAACUCCACCAUCGCAGACUCCACUCUGGUGUCCACGAUGCCUACUGGUACAGCAUUGUUACUGGCAGAGACCAGGAAAGGGAAGCUGGUGGUGAGACAACCUAUGCCCAAAGGCUCCAGUUACAUAGUUGUCCAGUAUCCCACGGGGCUCAGGAAGAACGGGAACUUGUACGCACUCAAGACCUUUGACUAUGAGAUAGAGAAGGAGUUUCUGUUCCACAUCGAGGCCAGAGACUCAGGCUCUCCUCCUCUGAGCAGUAACGUGACCGUACACAUCAUUGUUGUGGACCAAAACGACAACGCUCCGGUCAUCGUGUCCCCGUGGCGUGCACACGGCUCUGUGGUGGAGGAGAAGAUCCCCAGGUCCACUGAUAAAGGCUCGCUGGUGGCCAAAGUCAUAGCUCUGGACACUGACUCUGUGCACAACUCUCGCAUCACCUACCAGUUUCUACAGGUGACUGACGCCACGUUGUUCAGUCUGGACCAGUACAACGGAGAGAUCCGCACCAUGAGGAUGUUCAGCUACAGAGACCCCCGGCACCAGCAGCUGGUGGUGGUUGCCAAGGACAACGGGCAGCCCUCGCUGUCGGCCACAGUGACCAUCAAACUGUCCACGGUGGAGACGGCGGUGAAGGCCUACUCUGACAUGACCGAGGUGCCUCUGGAGUACGACAUCUUCUCUGACCUGAACCUGUAUCUGGUCAUUGGUCUGGGCUCGGUCUCCUUCCUCCUGCUCAUCACCAUACUGGUCACCAUCGUGCUCAAGUGUCAGAAACCCAAGUCCAGCAAAGCUCCUCCUCCCAGCAGGAACAGCGUGCUCAGUGAGAGGAACUCCACCAUCGCAGACUCCACUCUGGUGUCCAACGAUGCCUACUGGUACAGCAUGUUCCUGGCAGAGACCAGGAAAGGGAAGCUGGUGGUGAGACAACCUAUGCCCAAAGGCUCCAGAUACAUAGUGUCCAGUAUCCCACGGGGCUCAGGAGUGAGCGACACCAGCGGCUCUGCUCCCUCCACACUGCAGUUUCUACAGGUGACUGACGCCACGCUGUUCAGUCUGGACCAGUACAACGGAGAGAUCCGCACCAUGAGGAUGUUCAGCUACAGAGACCCCCGGCACCAGCAGCUGGUGGUGGUCGCCAAGGACAACGGGCAGCCCUCGCUGUCGGCCACAGUGACCAUCAAACUGUCCACGGUGGAGACGGCGGUGAAGGCCUACUCUGACAUGACCGAGGUGCCUCUGGAGUACGACAUCUUCUCUGACCUGAACCUGUAUCUGGUCAUUGGUCUGGGCUCGGUCUCCUUCCUCCUGCUCAUCACCAUACUGGUCACCAUCGUGCUCAAGUGUCAGAAACCCAAGUCCAGCAAAGCUCCUCCUCCCAGCAGGAACAGCGUGCUCAGUGAGAGGAACUCCACCAUCGCAGACUCCACUCUGGUGUCCAACGAUGCCUACUGGUACAGCAUGUUCCUGGCAGAGACCAGGAAAGGGAAGCUGGUGGUGAGACAGCCUAUGCCCAAAGGCUCCAGAUACAUAGUGUCCAGUAUCCCACGGGGCUCAGGAGUGAGCGACACCAGCGGCUCUGCUCCCUCCACACUGCAGUAUCUAGUCUACUUCAUCCUGGAGAAGGAGGUGGCCAACACCUCCAUGUCCAUGCUGUUCUCCAUCAACCCAGAGAACGGGAACUUGUACGCUCUCAAGACCUAUGACUAUGAGAUAGAGAAGGAGUUUCUGUUCCACAUCGAGGCCAGAGACUCAGGCUCUCCUCCUCUGAGCAGUAACGUGACCGUACACAUCAUUGUUGUGGACCAAAACGACAACGCUCCGGUCAUCGUGUCCCCGUGGCGUGCACACGGCUCCGUGGUGGAGGAGAAGAUCCCCAGGUCCACUGAUAAAGGCUCGCUGGUGGCCAAAGUCAUAGCUCUGGACACUGACUCUGUGCACAACUCUCGCAUCACCUACCAGUUUCUACAGGUGACUGACGCCACGUUGUUCAGUCUGGACCAGUACAACGGAGAGAUCCGCACCAUGAGGAUGUUCAGCUACAGAGACCCCCGGCACCAGCAGCUGGUGGUGGUCGCCAAGGACAACGGGCAGCCCUCGCUGUCGGCCACAGUGACCAUCAAACUGUCCACAGUGGAGACGGCGGUGAAGGCCUACUCUGACAUGACCGAGGUGCCUCUGGAGUACGACAUCUUCUCAGACCUGAACCUGUAUCUGGUCAUUGGUCUGGGCUCGGUCUCCUUCCUCCUGCUCAUCACCAUACUGGUCACCAUCGUGCUCAAGUGUCAGAAACCCAAGUCCAGCAAAGCUCCUCCUCCCAGCAGGAACAGCGUGCUCAGUGAGAGGAACUCCACCAUCGCAGACUCCACUCUGGUGUCCAACGAUGCCUACUGGUACAGCAUGUUCCUGGCAGAGACCAGGAAAGGGAAGCUGGUGGUGAGACAGCCUAUGCCCAAAGGCUCCAGAUACAUAGUGUCCAGUAUCCCACGGGGCUCAGGAGUGAGCGACACCAGCGGCUCUGCUCCCUCCACACUGCAGUAUCUAGUCUACUUCAUCCUGGAGAAGGAGGUGGCCAACACCUCCAUGUCCAUGCUGUUCUCCAUCAACCCAGAGAACGGGAACUUGUACGCACUCAAGACCUUUGACUAUGAGAUAGAGAAGGAGUUUCUGUUCCACAUCGAGGCCAGAGACUCAGGCUCUCCUCCUCUGAGCAGUAACGUGACCGUACACAUCAUUGUUGUGGACCAAAACGACAACGCUCCGGUCAUCGUGUCCCCGUGGCGUGCACACGGCUCUGUGGUGGAGGAGAAGAUCCCCAGGUCCACUGAUAAAGGCUCGCUGGUGGCCAAAGUCAUAGCUCUGGACACUGACUCUGUGCACAACUCUCGCAUCACCUACCAGUUUCUACAGGUGACUGACGCCACGCUGUUCAGUCUGGACCAGUACAACGGAGAGAUCCGCACCAUGAGGAUGUUCAGCUACAGAGACCCCCGGCACCAGCAGCUGGUGGUGGUCGCCAAGGACAACGGGCAGCCCUCACUGUCGGCCACAGUGACCAUCAAACUGUCCACGGUGGAGACAGUGGUGAAGGCCUACUCUGACAUGACCGAGGUGCCUCUGGAGUACGACAUCUUCUCAGACCUGAACCUGUAUCUGGUCAUUGGUCUGGGCUCGGUCUCCUUCCUCCUGCUCAUCACCAUACUGGUCACCAUCGUGCUCAAGUGUCAGAAACCCAAGUCCAGCAAAGCUCCUCCUCCCAGCAGGAACAGCGUGCUCAGUGAGAGGAACUCCACCAUCGCAGACUCCACUCUGGUGUCCAACGAUGCCUACUGGUACAGCAUGUUCCUGGCAGAGACCAGGAAAGGGAAGCUGGUGGUGAGACAGCCUAUGCCCAAAGGCUCCAGAUACAUAGUGUCCAGUAUCCCACGGGGCUCAGGAGUGAGCGACACCAGCGGCUCUGCUCCCUCCACACUGCAGUCCUUUUACACCAUACGUGUCCUGGAGAACAACGCACCAGGAGCUCUGCUCGGCUCACUCACAGCCUUUGACCCCGACCUCCAUGAGAACCAGUAUCUAGUCUACUUCAUCCUGGAGAAGGAGGUGGCCAACACCUCCAUGUCCAUGCUGUUCUCCAUCAACCCAGAGAACGGGAACUUGUACGCUCUCAAGACCUUUGACUAUGAGAUAGAGAAGGAGUUUCUGUUCCACAUCGAGGCCAGAGACUCAGGCUCUCCUCCUCUGAGCAGUAACGUGACCGUACACAUCAUUGUUGUGGACCAAAACGACAACGCUCCGGUCAUCGUGUCCCCGUGGCGUGCACACGGCUCCGUGGUGGAGGAGAAGAUCCCCAGGUCCACUGAUAAAGGCUCGCUGGUGGCCAAAGUCAUAGCUCUGGACACUGACUCUGUGCACAACUCUCGCAUCACCUACCAGUUUCUACAGGUGACUGACGCCACGCUGUUCAGUCUGGACCAGUACAACGGAGAGAUCCGCACCAUGAGGAUGUUCAGCUACAGAGACCCCCGGCACCAGCAGCUGGUGGUGGUCGCCAAGGACAACGGGCAGCCCUCGCUGUCGGCCACAGUGACCAUCAAACUGUCCACGGUGGAGACGGCGGUGAAGGCCUACUCUGACAUGACCGAGGUGCCUCUGGAGUACGACAUCUUCUCAGACCUGAACCUGUAUCUGGUCAUUGGUCUGGGCUCGGUCUCCUUCCUCCUGCUCAUCACCAUACUGGUCACCAUCGUGCUCAAGUGUCAGAAACCCAAGUCCAGCAAAGCUCCUCCUCCCAGCAGGAACAGCGUGCUCAGUGAGAGGAACUCCACCAUCGCAGACUCCACUCUGGUGUCCAACGAUGCCUACUGGUACAGCAUGUUCCUGGCAGAGACCAGGAAAGGGAAGCUGGUGUAUCCCACGGGGCUCAGGAGUGAGCGACACCAGCGGCUCUGCUCCCUCCACACUGCAGUAUCCAAAGUGAGGGAGACCGAGACGGCACCUGGAGGGCUCCAUCGGCAGCACCAGCAGUGCCAAAUGAAGGCCAACCUCCUCCUGAUUCAUGGAAGCCUCUAUUAA